GUCGUCGCACCACGGGUUCGCUCCCGACCAAUCGCCGACCGGCAGCGCGUCGAAGCGCUGUAGGCUUUUAGAGGCAAGCGCGGCCCCGGUUUGGCGCGCAUUGUUACAAGUAAAGAAAGUAGCGAGUUUGUUAAAUUUUCCAUUUUAAUAAACAAUCUUGCUUCGCCCCGGUCAUGUCCGAGGACGAGAAGAGCGCGGCGGAGGCCGAGCGCCGUCAAAGCGAGGUGAAUGAUCCAUCGUUCUCGCCAAAUUCCCCGUCAAGAAAUGCCGUCCCGAAGCCCGAGACCAAAGCACCAGACCCAGAGUAUGAGAACAAGAUGAAAACGGAUCGCUCGAACCGCUUCGAGUACCUCCUUCAGCAGACGGAGCUCUUCGCCCACUUCAUCCAGCCGGCGGCGCAGAAGACGCCCACGUCGCCGCUCAAGCUCAAGCCUGGGCGGCCGCGCGUCAAGACUGACGAGAAGCAGAGCCUGCUGUCGGUCGGCGACUACCGCCACCGACGCACGGAGCAGGAGGAAGAUGAGGAGCUGCUCUCCGAGAGUCGGAAGAGUGCCAAUGCUCUCCUCCGCUUCGAAGAGUCCCCUUCCUAUGUGAAGUGCGGCACGAUGAGGGAUUACCAGGUCAGGGGUCUCAACUGGCUCAUCUCCCUCUAUGAGAACGGCAUCAAUGGCAUCCUCGCCGAUGAGAUGGGUCUGGGAAAGACACUGCAGACGAUCUCUCUGCUGGGCUACAUGAAGCACUACCGCAACAUCCCAGGCCCCCACAUGGUGCUGGUGCCCAAGUCCACGCUGCACAACUGGAUGGCCGAGUUCGAGCGAUGGGUGCCCUCGCUGCGGGCCGUCUGCCUCAUUGGAGACAAAGACCAUAGGGCGGCGUUCAUCCGCGAUGUGCUGAUGCCGGGCGAGUGGGACGUGUGCGUCACCUCGUAUGAGAUGAUCAUCCGCGAGAAGUCCGUCUUCAAGAAGUUCAACUGGCGCUACUUGGUCAUCGACGAGGCUCACCGCAUCAAGAACGAGAAGUCCAAGCUGUCUGAGAUCGUUCGAGAGUUCAAGACGACGAAUCGUCUGCUGUUGACGGGGACGCCAUUGCAGAACAACCUGCAUGAGCUGUGGUCCCUGCUCAACUUCCUGCUGCCCGACGUGUUCAACUCUGCAGAUGAUUUCGAUUCGUGGUUCGACACCAACAACUGCUUUGGCGACCAGCAGCUGGUUGAACGUCUGCACAUGGUGUUGCGACCAUUCUUGCUGCGUCGCAUCAAGGCGGACGUGGAGAAGAGCCUGCCCCCCAAGAAAGAGUGCAAGAUCUACAUCGGGCUCAGCAAGAUGCAGCGAGAGUGGUACACAAAGAUCCUGAUGAAGGACAUUGACAUCCUGAACUCGGCCGGCAAGAUGGACAAGAUGCGCCUGCUCAACAUCCUCAUGCAACUGCGCAAGUGCUGCAACCACCCGUACCUGUUUGACGGCGCGGAGCCUGGGCCGCCCUACACUACGGACACCCACAUCGUCAUCAACAGCGGCAAGAUGGUGGUGCUCGACAAGCUGCUGCCCAAGCUGCACGAGCAGGGGUCCCGCGUGUUGAUCUUCAGCCAGAUGACGCGCAUGAUGGACAUUUUGGAGGACUACUGCAUGUGGAGAGGGUACGAGUACUGCCGUCUCGAUGGCCAGACGCCGCACGAGGACAGACAGGUAUCGAUUGCCAGCUUCAACGCUCCGGACAGCAGCAAGUUCGUGUUCAUGCUGUCGACGCGAGCUGGGGGCCUGGGCAUCAAUCUGGCCACAGCCGACGUGGUCAUCCUCUACGACUCGGACUGGAACCCCCAGGUCGACCUGCAGGCCAUGGACCGAGCUCACCGCAUCGGGCAGAAGAAGGUGGUGCGUGUGUUCCGCUUCAUAACAGAGAGCACGGUGGAGGACCGUAUCGUGGAACGUGCCGAGAUGAAGCUCCGCCUCGACUCAAUUGUCAUCCAGCAGGGCCGCCUGGUGGAUCAGGUGGCCAACAAGCUGGGCAAGGAUGAGAUGCUGCAGAUGAUUCGCUACGGAGCUACGCAGGUGUUCUCUUCAAAGGAGAGCCAGAUCACCGACGAGGAUAUCGACGUGAUCCUCGAGCGCGGGGCUAAGAAGACGGCCGAGAUGAACGAGAAGAUGUCCCAGCUGGGCGAAAACACCCUGCGCACGUUCACCAUGGACACGGAGUCGAGCGUCUACAACUUCGAGGGGGAGGACUACAAGGCCAAGCAGAAGCUGAACAUGACUGAGUGGAUUGAGCCACCCAAAAGAGAGCGGAAGGCCAACUACGCGGUGGAUGCCUACUUCCGGGAGGCCCUCCGUGUGACGGAGCCAAAGGCCCCCAAGGCACCGCGCCCGCCCAAGCAGCCCAGCAUCCAGGACUUCCAGUUCUUCCCCCCGCGCCUCUUUGAGCUCUUGGAGAAGGAGAUCCUGCACUACCGGAAGACCAUUGGCUAUAAGGUUCCCCGGAACCCGGACGUGCCCAACCCCGCGGUGACGCAGAAGGAGGAGCAGGGAAAGAUCGACACGGCUGAGUCGCUCAAUGAGGAGGAGCUCGAAGAGAAGGAGAAACUACUCACACAGGGCUUCACGGACUGGAGCAAACGAGAUUUCAACCAGUUCAUCAAGGCCAACGAGAAGUGGGGUCGCGAUGACAUCGACAACAUUGCCCAGGAGGUGGAGGGCAAGACUCCUGAGGACGUCAUUGAGUACUCGGCGUUGUUCUGGGAUCGCUGCAACGAGCUGCAGGACAUCGAGAGGAUCAUGGCGCAGAUAGAGCGUGGGGAAGCGCGCAUUCAGCGCCGGAUCGGCAUCAAGAAAGCGCUGGACGCCAAGAUUGCACGCUACAAGGCGCCCUUCCACCAGCUACGCAUCUCGUAUGGCACCAACAAGGGCAAGAACUACACAGAGGAGGAGGACCGCUUCCUCAUCUGCAUGCUACACAAGAUGGGCUUCGACCGCGAGAGCGUCUACGACGAGCUGCGCCAGUGCAUCCGCAACGCACCGCAGUUCAAGUUCGACUGGUUCCUCAAGUCACGCACGGCCAUGGAGCUGCAGCGGCGCUGCAACACGCUGAUCUCGCUCAUCGAGAAGGAGAACUCCGAGCUGGAGGAGAAGGAGAAGGCGGAGAGGAAACGACGCGGACCCAAGUCCUCCUCGGCGCAGAAGAGAAAGGCGGAAAACACCCCGGAUUCCCGUGGCCGCAAAAAGAAAAUGAAGCUGUGAUGGAAUCACGGACUUUCAGGAGCAGUGAGAUGUACGCCGGCACCGUGAGUCAGUCGGGGAAGUUGGGUUAGGAAGGGGGGGGGGGUGGUG